AUGAAAUUCGAGGGUAGGUUUAUUAAAGAUUUAUCAGAUCUAGGGCGGGAUUUGAAGAAGGUUGUGAUUGUUGACGAUAACCCUAAUUCCUACAAUUUUCAACCGGAAAACGCGAUCCCCAUUAGACCUUUCACUGAUGAUCUUGGAGAUGAUGAAUUGAAGAAAUUGAUGAGUAGGUUUUUUACAAACUGCAAUAAAUUCGAAGAUUUGAGGGAUGCCGUGAAUAAUUAUCUUGGCAAUGGAAUUCAUAAUUCAAAAUCAGAGACAUCGUUUUUUGAACAGAGGUUUGAGGGAUACUGUUCUUGA